UUCUUCUAAUCAUAAAAUUUUAAUCUAAAAAUUACUCUUGAAUGGACCAAAGCAUAAGUAUAUAACUGAAUUUUAUGUGAAUGUACAUAUAAUUUGAAUUCCAUCCAGUUCACUCAAAAGUACAUAUUUUGUUCCAGGAGUGACGUGACCCAAGGGUGAAUGGUUGUGGGGAGGCGGGCGACGGGGAAUAUUAUCUCCAUUGGUUUUCAUUAGUGUUCUCCCCUCCCCCACUCUUUUAUGUGGAAAAAUUACAUUUUCUUUCAUCUGAUUUAAAGUUGCCAUAAAGACAGGUCAGAGCAAGUGUCCUUCUUUCCCAUCAGACUGUCCUUUUUAAACUCUUCUUAUGUGGAAAUUCUGGAGGUGCCAUGAUCUGAGUGUUGUAGGAGAAGCAGACAGAUGUUUACAGUUAAGUGUGAAGAGUAGAAGAGCCUAACUCAAAUGUAAGGUACAAAGAAAAGAUAGACAUUUUCCCCCUACAUUUUACCAUCUAUGAAAAAGGUCUUAUCAAUGCCCUCUUCCUGUUAAUUGGCAAUGUUUUUCUUUCCUUGUGACGUUUUAAAUAAUACUGAAUUUUCAACAGAUGGUGACUUAGGUCUGGUGACAUGGUCACGGUGUAAAAGAUACUGAGACAGCUGAGAGGGGAAGGGGCUUCCUCAGGUAGUAGUCACAGAUGGUCUCCAGGAAGAAUAACUGAGCUGGGUUUUGAAGAAGGAAGAGGGUUUUUCCAAUAUAGAAGGGGAGGACAUUCGAAGCUUAGCAAAGAGCAAGUCAGAGGAGAUGUGAGGUGACUUGGCAAGUGUGAGGGCCAGCAAGUCGUUUGGCAUUGCUGCGGAGUAACGUGUGGAGCUGUAGGGAAUGCGCGGAGAGAGGAAACUGGAAAUGAGGGCACAAACCAGGUCACGGAGAACCUUGGGGUGUCACGUGGGAGUUUGGCCCUUCCUCUUAGGCAGUGAAAAUACAUGUUAGCAGUUUGAUGCAAUGGAAUUAGACGACUUCGUUUUUUUUAGAGUGAUAAUUCUGGAAGUCGGGGUUUGUAUAGACUGGAGGAGGAGGAUGCGGGAAGUACAGCAAGUUAAAAGGCUUUUGGGGGUAGUGCGAUGAGCUGUCACUAGGGAAUCAAGGUGGGGACGGAGUGGAUGGGGAGGAAGACAAGACCUAUAUAAGAACCACUGAAGAGCUAGAACCUAUAGGAGUUUGUGAUUAUUCAGCUCUUCAGGGUGAAGGAGGAAGGGUCUAGAAUGAGCCUAGUGAUAUCAGCAAGAUAAACUCUACAGGAGUAAAUCAGGGGUAAUGGAGGAAGGAGGAAUAAGAUGAGGUGAAUUGCAAGGAACGUCUUCAGUGUGGGCUUACUUGAGGUUUAAAGUACUUGUGAAUCAUUUAGGUGUGUAGUUCAAGUUCUGAAGGUCAGGAAUGGGGUGAAGUAUGAACGAGAUAGAGAUUUAAUAGUAAGUAGCUUAUGAGCAGCUGUAAAGCCUUUGAGAGACAGUGCUAUCUCAGGGUGAAGCUAUAGGGUGAGGAAAGAGUAGAGCCAAGUGGGGAAUCUUGGGGACACUGCUAUUUAAGGAAAGAGGAAGAGCUCAUAAAGAGACUAAGGGGACUGAGCAGAGCAGGGAGGACAGAGGAACAGGAGAUGGUCACAGGAGCCGUCGGAAGAAUGAGGAAUGUCAGUACCAUCAAAAUUCAAGGCAGGGAUCGGCAAGGAGUUGCAUAAAAUAAGGAUGACCUCUGCUAAAAAGAGUGUCAGUGGGGCAGGGUUUGUGGCAGGUUGGUUUUAAUAGAUGGAAAGGUGCCUGCUUGAGAAGUGAGAAGAGUGGUGAUGGUGAUCUUCCAGGAAGCUGGCUGAGAACGGAAGACAGUAGCAAGAGAAGCUCAUAGCCAAACCGAAAAGCGGAGGAGAGAUAAAAUGAAUAACCUGAUUGAAGAACUAUCUGCAAUGAUCCCUCAGUGCAAUCCCAUGGCACGUAAACUGGAUAAACUUACAGUGUUAAGAAUGGCUGUCCAACACUUGAAAUCUUUAAAAGGUAUGACAAAUUCUUAUGCAGGAGAUAAUUAUAGACCUUCAUUUAUUCAGGAUAAUGAGCUCAGACACUUAAUCCUUAAGACUGCAGAAGGCUUCCUAUUUGUGGUUGGAUGUGAAAGAGGAAAAAUUCUCUUCGUUUCUAAGUCAGUCUCCAAAAUACUUAAUUAUGAUCAGGCUAGCUUGACUGGACAAAGCUUAUUUGACUUCUUACAUCCAAAAGAUGUUGCCAAAGUAAAGGAGCAACUUUCUUCUUCCGAUAUUUCACCGAGAGAGAAGCUGAUCGAUGCCAAAACUGGUUUGCAAGUUCACAGGAAUUUCCACAGUGGAAGGACUCAUGUAUAUUCUGGCUCAAGGCGAUCCUUUUUUUGUCGGAUAAAGAGUUGUAAAAUCUCUGUCAAAGAAGAGCAUGAAUGCUUAUCCACCUCAAAGAAGAAAGAUCAUAGAAAAUUCUGUACUAUCCACUGCACUGGUUACUUGAGAAGCUGGCCUCCACAUGUUGUUGGAAUGGAAGAAGAAAGGGACAAUAAGAAAGACGGUAGUAAUUUUAACUGCCUUGUUGCCAUUGGAAGAUUACAUCCAUAUAUUGUCCCACAGAACAGUGGAGAGAUUAAAGUGAAACCAACUGAAUUUAUAACCCGGUUUGCAAUGAAUGGAAAAUUUGUCUAUGUGGACCAAAGGGCAACAGCAAUUUUAGGAUAUCUGCCUCAGGAACUUUUGGGAACUUCUUGUUAUGAAUAUUUUCAUCAAGAUGACCAUAGUAAUUUGACUGACAAGCACAAAGCAGUUCUACAGAGUAAAGAGAAAAUAUUUACAGAUUUAUACAAGUUCAGAAAGAAAGAUGGCUCUUUUGUAACUUUAAAAAGCCAGUGGUUUAGUUUCACAAAUCCUUGGACCAAAGAACUGGAGUAUAUUGUGUCUGUCAACACUUUAGUUUUGGGACAUAGUGAGAUGAGAGAAGUGUCGUUACUUCCUUGUAGCUCUCAAUCAUCAGAAGAAUCCUCUAAACAGUCUUGCAUUAGUGUGCCUGGAAUGUCUACAGGAAUAGUACUUGGUGCUGGGAGUAUUGGAACAGAUAUUGUAAAUGAAGUCCUGGAUUUACAAAGGUUACAGUCUUCUUCCUCCCUUGAUGACUCAAGUCCAACAGAUUUAAUGAAAGAUUCUCAUGCUAUCAACUGCAGGAAAAUGUCAAAAAAGGAGUUGAUUCCACUAAAUCCUUCUGAAAUAGGCAAGCCAGAGGCUACAAGGCAAAACCAGAGUGCUGUUCCUCCCCAUAGUCACGAGCCACUCCUUGGCGAAGGUGCCCAGCUGGAUUUUGAUGCCCUGUGUGACGAUGACACAGCCAUGGCUGCCUUCAUGAAUUACUUUGAAGCAGAGGGGGGCCUGGGAGAUCCCGGGGACUUCAGUGACAUACACUGGACUCUCUAGCAUUUGAUUUUUAAUUCUUACAAAUUAGGAACGUGUUAAAGUAUUUCAUUGACAAAAAGCUGUAUAAUCUUCUGUACUAUAUUGAUACUGUUUUUAUCUUUUAUUCCUAUUAAUAGUCUACCAAUUGUUAUAGAUGUGCACCUUACUUCCACAGCAGUAGGGGGGGAAAUGUGAUGUUUCCCUUCACAAAGAAGGGCUCAGAGUUUCCGACAGACCUCUUUUCUCAGUGACAUGGCUUAAAACCCACUAGUUGCUAUCUUUUUGUUAAAAUAUUUCUCACCAAGAAUAUCACAUACAUCUUGUUUCGGUUUUA